AUGGAUCUAUUCACAUAUUUCAUUUUUUUCCAUUUCGGGGUUGUGGGUGGCGGUGGUGGUCAGGUAGGCGUGGGGGAUGUGCAGGCCACGGAGGUGCUGGAUUUGAAGAAACACAGUCCUGGGGACAAGUCUCACGGGCCGUUGAUCGGUCUCGAGAAGAAGCUGAACAACGCCAGGGAGCCACUCGGAAGCUGCUGGAACUUCGGUCCUGCUUACAGCAUGAUGCUCAUGGAAGCCAGCAAAUCUCCGCAGUGGAGCAUGGGUCUCUCUGAAUGUGAAAAAAUCGAAAAGGACUCCCGAUGCCUUGGAG